AUGAGCAACGAAGCGACAGUGACCACACAGCAAUCUGUUGAUGAACCAGAUCUAAACAACAUUCACUAUCCAAAGUAUCCAAGAUAUCGAGCGUCAAGUGCAUUAAUUAUUCCCGAUGUGGUGCAGUCGCUUGCUCACUUUAUUAGAUCAUUUUUACCAACUAUCAACAAAGGUAUAGACUCUCGCGUUGGGUUCGGCUUUGCGUUCGGUAAUCACGCUGACUUCCAAGUAGUCUUGGAACUGGGACCUCAAAAGAAAACUAAAGCUCUAGAUGGAAGAGGAUUCCAGACGACUUCUACAAACGCCAAGCGACAGGCUUCAUUGAAGCCAAAAAUUACCAAAGUCAGGAAAAAGUUCUUCAAAAGUGAUGGAGACAAAUACCUUCAGAACUGGGCCCAGAUGAUGAGAGACCAGAAGUUCUCAACUAAAAACGGUAAAUAG